UGGUCUCCUUUGCAUUACACACCACAACACUAAUCAAUCUCUCUCUCUCUCUUUCUCUCUCUCUCUCUCUCCCUUAAAGACACACCACACGAGUGUCAAGAAAAUGGGAAGAGCUCCAUGUUGCGCAAAGGUUGGUUUACACAGAGGAGCAUGGUCCGAUGAAGAAGAUAAACUCCUCACCAACUACAUUCAAACCCACGGUGAAGGUCAAUGGCGUUCCUUGCCUUCCAAAGCUGGAUUACUUAGAUGCGGAAAGAGUUGUAGGUUGAGAUGGAUGAAUUAUCUUCGGCCGGGUAUCAAACGAGGAACCUUCACGGCGGAAGAAGACGACAUCAUCAUCCGACUCCAUUCCAUCCAUGGCAACCGGUGGUCGUUCAUAGCCACGGAGCUUCCGGGUCGAACCGACAAUGAGAUUAAAAACCACUGGAAUUCGCAUCUUAAACGAAAGGUGACCGAGGGCGAGAACGAUCCAGACAACUCGAAAAAGACCAAGAAGAAGAGGAAAACAGAUAAUAAAAAGUCAACGAAGGUCAAAACUGUAGAAAAACCAGUUGAAACUGUUUCUCAUCAAAUGGCUUCAAGUUGCUCAUCGCAAUCAGUGUCGUUGACUUUGAGAAAGAAUGAUAGUUUUGACAAUGGAGUGAUGAGUGGUGCAUCAUCAUGUUGCACAGUUGAUCAAGGUGAAACUGAUAGAUUAGCUACCGACUUCCCUUGGCCCGAUUGGUCGCCAUUGUUUGAGAUCGAUGGUUCAGGAAGCAUGGUUGAUGAUCAGAGUUUACCAUUUGACGGGUGUGAUUUAUUCAACUCGUGUAAUGACGAUAGUGAGAUGCUAGAGAAGUUGUAUUGUGAGUAUCUAAACCUACUUGAAGAUGAUGGUGAAGGAGUGUAAUCAUGUAAUUAUGUUUUGAAUAAAAUCUGUAUGUUUCUUA